AUGGCUAAGCUUAGAAACCUCUCUAUAAAUAUCCCAUUGCUUGAAGAAAUCCAAGAGAUGUCGAGAUAUGCUAAGUUCAUGAAGAAAUUGAUGUCAAAGAAGAAUCUCAUCGAAGGUGACACAAUCAAAGUGACUCAUGGUUGUAGUGCUAUCAUGAGUAGCAAAAUUUAUGAAAAGAAGGAAGAUCCAGAGCUUUUACCAUCCGUUGCACCAUCAGAACACAUAUGUUUGCGAAAGCUCUAUGAAAACUCUGUGCAAAGGCCAGUCAGUAUUUUGUUUGCUGUUCUAGACAAAGUGGACAAAUUUAUACUUUCGCCAGACUUCGUGGUUUUAGAUUAUGAAAAGGACCAAGAAAUUCCCAUCAUUCUUGGUCGAUCUUUCUUAUCCACCGAGAGAGACAUUAUUGACUUAAAGUUGGGUGAAAUGAGGUUUAGAGUUCAUGAUAAUGAGGUCUCCUUUAGAGUAUGCAAAACAAAGAAACAAACCGUGGAACUUCAAGUGAUAUCAGUGAUUGAUGUUGAAAUAAAAAAGUGA